UUGCGCGCAGAGCAGACGUCGACGUUUCGGCUCUCUCCGUCUUCGGCUGGCGUGUGUGUGUGUGUUGUGUGAGUGAAUGUGCCCUCUUCCCAGGGUAGUCAACAACCCUGCGGAAACCGACACGGAACUACGGACCGAGUGUGUAACGUCGAGAGACACGAGGACGACGCGAUAUUCUUUUUCGUAGCAGACGACAGCGGUUUUCGAAGCAGACGACAACGGUUUUCGAAGCAGACGAUCCUGCGAAAUCUCAUUUCGGACUUUCUUUUCGUCUGGCGGUCGGCCACUUUUUCUAGUCGCCAUGAAGGCUCAUCUACCUGUGAUAUGUGUUCUGUUGCUACUAGGAUUGCAUCGAUGCAGUGGUCACGAGCACGACGGAGUCACUGCCAAAAUCGAAGGUGACGAGGCGUCCGGUGUCAACAUCGAAUGCAACAGCAACAACAUUCAGGUGACGCUAGACGCGCCGCUGGACUUCAACGGCAUGAUCUAUCCCAAAGGCCUGUCGAAGAACUCUACGUGCAUGGCAGAGUACAGCAACGUUCACGAUAAGGUUGUCUACACGCUCCCUCUGCGGUCAUGCAACACAAUGAGCACGGACGUUGACGACGGCGUGGAGUACUUCAACACGGUGGUGGUGCAGCCACACCGGAAGCUCGUCACCAACCAGGGACGAGGUUUCCACAUCCGGUGUCGUUACCAGACAAAAGAAAAGACCAUCACGAACUUCUUCAACGUCAGCAUGCUGGGCACGACGCCUCUGGUGGCAACGGCCCCCAUGCCUGGCUGCACAAUGAAGAUCUUCGUGGGCGACUCGGAGGAGGAAGUGGUUGCGGAGAACGUCAAGAUCGGAGAUCCCCUCACACUCGUCAUUGCCAUAGACCCCCAAGAGGUAUAUGGCAUGCGGGUGACCAACUGCCUUGUACGUGACGGCCUCAACUGGGGAGAGCAACCUCUCAUCAACAAUGAAGGAUGCCCGGUAGACGGAGAGAUCCUGGGUCCAUUCGAUUAUACGUUGAACAAGACGCGAGCUUCGGUCACGUUCCAGGCGCACAAGUUCCCGUACACGGCUUCCGUGUACUACCAGUGCAACGUCAGGCUUUGUCUCAAGGCUAGCGGCGGAUGCGACGACGUGCCGCCUCUCUGUGAUGACACGAGGCAUAACCUCCGACGUCGCCGACGCGACGUUGACGGCAAGGGGGACCUCAAGGACCUCGAGAAACAAGAACAAGACGUCCGGGACCUCAGCAUCGAAGUCUUCUCGGGGCUGUACGUCAACGAGGUGUCCGACCUUGAAGAAAGUGAAGUGACCGCCCAACCUUCGUCUCUGCCGGAAGACCAGUUUUGCGUGUCGACGCGGAAGUUCGCUAUCGGCAUCGCCAUCGCCGGCGUCCUACUCAUGCUGGCCGUCCUCCUAUUGGUCGCCUGUAUCCUGCACAGACGGCGCAGACGCAAGGGAUCUUCGACGGCCGGUUCUUCCAUAUACUCCGGGCCUUACUCUAACCACGCUUACUCCAGGGACUGAAAAAAGCAUCGUCGGAUAUGUCGAGACAUGAGUAGCUGGUAGUCACGAAAAUCACUGCAUCGGGCCAAAGUUGGUACCGAUGUUUUCGACCGGACAAAAUGGCCCUUGUAGUGAUUUAUCGCUAAUAAGGGAGUAAUUGGUGAAGUGAUUCGAUUAAGUUGUUCGUUUUUUUUUGUUUUUUUUAAUACCUGUCAGGAAGGACUUUGUAAUGUCGGACAGUGUUAUUGAAUUUAAUGUAAUUGAAGUGGCAAAGCUGUGUGACGAGAUCGCAGCUUUUAGGACGACUUCUGUGGCCUUCUUUCGAAAGACCUGGUGCAAUACUGGCGACGUAUUCCUGGCAUUUUUUUUUAACUGAAGCUUUAAAAGAAAAAAAAACAACUGGGACACGCUUUAAUUGCUGGCGACCAUGUUAACGUGGGAAGACACAAACAAAUUUGAUAAUAUAGACUACAGAAACAUAGCGAAAAGAGACUGUACAAAUUCAGAAUUUACUAUAAUUGUCAGUUAAGAGUGGUUAGUCCCCCGACUAACCUCGUCUUUUCCUGGCAAGGAAAAAGAAAGAGACUGAACCAAGAAUAGCUACCUGAAAUUGUGGUUUGGAAAUUGCUUGGAAACUUAAAAAAAAAAAAAAAAAACGUCAUAUCAGCUACCUCCGUCAUUCAUAAAAGCGUCAUUCACUUCCGAACGCUCUGUGAUGACAGUGACUGAGAGAAUUACAAAUUUAGCAAAGCUCUGGUUCGGCAGCUCAUCAGGACUGUUUCUAGAUGUCCUGACAGUAAACACGAGGUUACAUAUGAUUGGUAAACGGAAAGAGCUCGGUUUGUUUCACUCUUCCUACGAGAGAUGGCGCCAGCCGAUGCCGCUGGACGGCAUAUAAUGCACUUCUGUUUUCGUGUAUCUAAACGGUGCAUAAUAUCCCACCUGUACAUAUAUGUUGUUAUCUUUCUUGUAUGCGUAGGGAAGGAGUGAAAUCGAAUACAUUGUCCCAAGGCACACUGUCCGCCGUAAAAUCCGUAAAUUUACGGAAAAUACUACACGCGUACAGCACUGUAAUACGAAUCAUAUUUACGCCGACAUUACAACUCGAGGGUGCAGGGUAUUUAAAGCUAAAGCUCUUAAGGAGCUAAAUAGAAACAUGUUCUCGAAUCACGAUUGAAUUUUGAUCCCGAUGCCGAUGACGUAGACAUGCAGAGAGGUUAAAAUACCAUGACGAGAAAAAUCUCCGAGACUAGGGAGACAACGAAAAAAUUGACAAUCGUCUCCCUAGUCUCGAGGGUUUUUUUUUCGUCAUCAAUUCUAGUCACCAGCUCGCUUGCUUCCUAGCCAUUCUUUCAAUAGAGAUUAAGAUUAGAAUAUGAAUAAGAGAUACAGAUUAAAACUUUUAGAACUUGGAUUGGAUUGGAUUGGAUUGAAAGACAGGAAAGAACUACCAGAACUGUAUUUUCAUUCGAUAAUACGACACCGAGGAGGAACAAAUGCUCCUAUAGCAUUUCUACGCCUUUCUAGUACAGUCAAACUCCUUUACAACGAAACUCAGGGGACAGCAAAAGAAAUUCGCAGUAAAGGUAUUUUCGUUAAAAAGGAUGUCUAUUAUUGGAUCUAUAGGCUCCAGCGGGACCGCAAAAAAAAUUUGCUGUAGUGGUAUUUUCGUUAAAAAGGUGUUCGCUAUAAAGGAGUUUGACUGUAGUUUUCAAAAAGUUUCUAAUUUCUGACAUUAGCGUGUCUCGAGUAAGUUAGACUGGUGAGGCAGUCAAGUCCUGGUCGCACGAAAUUUCUCCCUGCACCAAUACAGCUGCGAAAAUUUUACGGAGCGUGACG